AUGUAUUCUUACGGGACUCUCUGCGCAGGACUCGUGGCCGGAAUCAUGUUGCAGUAUUUCGACGGUCGGACUAUGAUCAUGGCUGCUACGCUGAGUGCCUCUCUGAGUGCCAUCGCUUGCUUCGUCUGGGACAAUCUCGUCAGUUACCACGUCUUCGUCGGUCUCAUAUUCGGAGCGGCCGCCGGCACGGCCAUCUGCACUAACGUGGUGGUGCUGAACGGCUACUUCGUGCGGCGGAAGGCGUCGGCGACGGGCCUCAACUACGCGGGUGCUUCGCUGGGCAGCAUGUUCUUUCCGCCUCUGCUCGCCAACCUCAACGACUGGUACGGCCUGCGGGGCACCAUGCUCAUCCUCGGGGCCAUGGUACUCAACGCCAUGGUGGGCGCCCUCGUGCUCCGCUCUCUGCCCCCGUGCCGGGCCAGCGACGGGACUGAGCUGACCACCAGCCUGGACUCGCUCGGGUACCUGUUCACCGACCCGAUGGUGCCGAACGCGCCGCUCCAGUCCACGGUCUGCAGGAGGCUGGAGAACUCCGGCAAAGAGGGGCCGGCGCCCUUCCUGUGGCAGCCGCUCUUCUACGUUCUUCUGUUCACGGGCGCGGUGUACGGCUUCGUCUUCAGCAGCUACUACCUGACCGUUGUGGACCACAUCAGCUCCGUGUGUCACGUCACAAACGAAUGGGCCUCCCUGUCCGUGGCGGCCAUGUCGGUGGGCGACCUGGCGAGCCGCCUGGUGUCCGGUUACAUCACCGACCGCGAGUGCAUCACCCGCGAGCAGCUGCUGGUCAUCAACUUCGGCAGCCUGGGCGUCUGCUACGUGCUCCUCACCUUCCUCACCGGCGUGUCGGACGCCGUUGUUCUGGCUCUCGUGUUUGGGCUCAACGCCGGCGGGCCGAUCAUCUCGCUCCCCGUCCUCCUGGCGGAGCACUGCGGCAACCGUCACCUGCCCAUCACGUUCGGCAUCCACCGCUUCAUCAUGGGCGUUUGA